AUGUGCCAGCUCCUGAGUGAUCAAGUGACGCAAUGGGGUCGGAAGAAAUAUCCAACCUGCGCAUUCCAACUGGAAUGGCAACAAAUAAGUUGCCCUGUCUACCAGCUCCCAAUCAUCGAUGUCAACCUGUUAACAAGCAUUCAUGUACCAGACAUUCGUGGGGGCUGGCAAAGUCUGCCUUCAAUAGACCCAAACCUCCUAGUGUCCGGUCAACAAGGUGAUUUCUGCCGUCUCCCAGAAAGGAAGUGGUCUCGGUCUGAGACCUCUUCCUCUAUGCACAAUGUGUUGAAGAAAGCGAAAUUUGAUCCAUGUUUCUCCUUUUCUCCAACCGGAAUCCUCUUACCAGAGGUUUGGGUUCCUCGAACAAAUUCCUGUGUCACCUUUGAAUACUUUCCGCUUGUGUCCAAUCCUGAAGAGCAAGGAAAGCUUGCACUUUUCGAAGCUUGCUACAGGAUCCCAACCUGGCUGGAUCCAGUCAUCCUGUCGAUGAAAUUCAACGAGGCAUUCGAAAAUCCUUCUCAGACAAUGAUGGCUUUUAAGAACGCUAACUUUCACCUAUAUGAUACUUGGGCCUAUCCACUGGAUUGGUCUUUGAGGUCUCUAUCAGAAAUCGGUGAUAUUGACCAAGUUCACGUCUUGGAAGGUUAUGACUAUCAAGAUGUCUCUAUGAUGGAGGGAUUGAAGAAGGGGGUCGCAUUUUCAACUUUCUCUCUCUGCCUGGUCAUGAUUCUCCCAUCAACCACCCUUUACAUUCUGCACUUUAACUUCAUUAGUAUCUUGUUGAGCCACAUCCAUGCCUUUGACAAUACGUCCGAUCCGGCCAAUGAAAUUUAUAAAAGGGAAUAUCUGGCCUCGGCGACGAGCUUCUGGUUUGUGGCAAGGAAAGGGGCUACCACCAAGGUUGGGACAGACAGUCUUGGUGUCGCUACUGUCAUCGAAGUCCUUUGUGGGUGCCAGAUGUGGUAUGUUUUCCGACAUCGAGAGCCCCAAGAAGUUGAGGUCCAGGGUGAAUGGGAACCUGGAUUUAUUCCGGACGCCAAAUUCUGGACUGCAGAGAUUGUCCUGCUUGAACCAGGUUCUGUGUUCUACAUGCGUCCCAACACUCAUCACGCAGUGGUUACCCUGGAGAACUCCAUCGUAAAAGGUCACCAUUUCUACUCCAUGGUCACAUUAUCAAGAACUGUCUGGGGCUGGGUUCAUACCUGUAUGUUUGGAGACAUGGGAGGUCUUCCAUUCUUCGAACUACAGCACAUUCUCCUUCAGAUGAUGAUUUACUUUGGUGUUCUGGUUGGUGAUGAAGGGCCCGAAUGCAAAGACUCCCACUUCCCGGGGCUAAAUAAUCGUGGCAUGCUGAAUUUUAUUGCAUUGGGAAACUUUUGUUUAUUUCUCCCUGCCUUCAAUUCUGGCCCUUUCAAGCACAAUGAGGAGGUCACAGUCACCCGUAAGGCAAUCAGGGCCUAUCUUUCCAUCAUCCAGCGGCUAAGGGACCAUCACUGUUUACUUCUCCUCGACGAACAUACCUUUGUCAAUUUGCACCCGUUGUCUGCGGUCAGGCAGUUGGACAUUGCUGACUUUGCCAGAACAUCUGCUGUUCAAUUUGCUCAUUCACUCAUCCUAGAGGGCAGGAGGGCAUUUGGCUUGACAGCCUCCAUGUUUGAACUGACCGUCAGGGAAUGCUUGCCAAUUUUCUUGAACAUCAACCCAAACUUCUUCAAGAUUGACGAGCGUCGGAGGGAAAGCUUGCUACUUACAAGGAGAACUUUUUGGUACAGGAACAGUCAGUGGAAGUUGAUGUGCAUGUGGUGA